AUGACAGGCCCAGGACGCUCGCCAUCCUCGCCUUGGGUGCAGAGUACCCAGAGCGGUCAUCGUGAUGGCGUCACACAGUCCUUCCGCCCUAGCAUGUCGCCCAAUACCUCGGAACGACCGAGUCCUAACUACUUUGGCAUGGCGGCACCAAGUUCCAACUCGCAGACGUCUAAUCCAGGAGUGUCCCCGCAAAAGAGCUGGGGUGUGUCACCGCACACAAACUCUCUCCCGAGUCCCAAAUUACAAGUAUACCAGAAGGAGUCUGUAUCAACGGGGUUGAUGAAUAUAUUGAAGACUGAGCCUGAGGCCAACCGAAGACGCCGUGAAUCCACAUUUCAUGAAACCCCCUCCAACAUUGAUACCCACGGAAGACCAUCAUGGUCCAAGUCAUCAUCCUCACACCCAAUCGGAAAUGGGGUAGGAGCUGGCGCAAGUCCAGUGCCUUCACACAGUGUCCCUUCCACUGCAUUCCCCUGGGUCUCAUCCGAACGCUGUGCCGAUCUCCUUGGAUCAUCACAAUCGAAUAUUAUGUUAUUUGACGUCCGCCCAUUUGCUCAUUUCAGACAAGCCAAUAUUAAAGGAUCACUUAAUCUAUGCAUUCCAACCACUCUACUCAAACGACGCUCAUUUGAUACCCAAAAACUGGAAGGCACCUUCACGGAGGACACUGAUAAACAAAAGUUUGCUCGAUGGAGAAACUGCAAUGUGAUCAUUGUAUACGACUCUGCUGCUGCCGAUUCGAAAGAUGCAGCGCCCCUUUUGAACGUUCUCAAUAAAUUUCAGGCGGAAGACUGGAAAGGGGAUGGUUUAAUAUUAAAAAACGGAUUCCAGGGAUUCUCGACUCAGUUCCCGCAUUUGAUUCAACGGCCACAGUCAAACACGACAGGUCCAUCGCCCAAACGCCGUGCGCCGAUGAGCAUUAAUCUGCAGUCUGUUGCUCCUGCCGUUGGUGGGUGUGCCCUACCGGAAUCAUCCUCCGCUAUUAAUCCUUUUUUCUCAAACAUUCGACAAAAUAUGGAUCUUCUCGGUGGAGUUGGACAGGUUCCCUUGAAACAGCCCGAUGGCCUUACCGAUGAAAAACGGCAGUCACUUCCUCCCUGGUUACGGGACGCUUCCGAUACCAAGGACCAAGGACAUCUCGUCUCCAACAAAUUUUUGGAUCUCGAGAAAAUGGAACUAGAGCGCAUGAAACAGGCUCUAACGUAUGAAGGUUCUGCAGCAGAGGCCGCUGGUGGCUCCAAGAAAUAUCGCAUCGCUGGAAUUGAAAAGGGAACAAAGAACCGUUACAAUGACAUUUACCCAUUCGAUCAUACACGCGUCCGACUCGAGGGUAUCCCAUCUGGGGCCUGUGACUAUGUCAACGCAAAUCACAUCCAAGCGGAAUUUAGCAAUCGGAGAUACAUCGCUACGCAGGCUCCCGUUCCUGAUACAUUUAGUGACUUUUGGCGCGUGGUUUGGGAACAGGAUAUUAGAGUACUCGUUUCUCUCACGGCCGAAAUUGAGCGAGGACAGGUAAAAUGCGACCGAUAUUGGGAAUCCGGAAAUUAUGGGCCGUUCGAGGUGAAAGCAUAUUCGGAGAAGCACAUCCACAUUGAAUCCAAAGGCCAGCCAAUAAAUUCAACGAUUCGCAACCCUAAUGCAUCAGCCGAAAAGCCCAGUGGCACAAACGAAAACCCCGUCAUCGUUGUGCGGCAUUUCAGCGUCUCUCACACAGCAUUCCCUUUUCAACCGCUCCGGGAUAUCACCCAGCUCCAGUACCCUUAUUGGCCUGAUUUCGGAACCACGUCUCAACCUACCCAUCUCCUCAAUCUGAUCGAGCAGUGCAACAAGGUCAUUCGUGCCACAAGCAACACUGGGUUUAGCAGUCAGCAACCAGAACCGAAGGGUCAGCGGCCAAUCCUCGUCCAUUGCAGCGCGGGUUGUGGACGCACAGGGACUUUUUGCACCGUCGAUAGUGUGCUAGACAUGCUGAAACGGCAACUUGCGCAAGGCAAAAAUGGCGGAGGCUUGGACCAAAACCCUACCACUUCCUCUGAUUGGAUUGGAGACCACAGUACCGACCUAAUUGCAAAGACUGUGGAGGACUUCCGGAGGCAACGGCCGAGCAUGGUGCAGAACUUGAGUCAAUAUGCGCUCUGCUACGAGAGUGUGCUCGAAUGGCUCGUUACGCAGAUGGACCAUAGCGAGCCAUAG